AUGAGUCUGUCUGAGGCGAAGGAUGAAUCAUAUACUCGUCUUUUUCAACUCGAGGUAGCUCGUGCUUUGGCGGCACAAUUGGCGACCGCAGUCAAAUACGUGCAUUCCCAAGGAUUUGCUCGUGGAGAUCUUCACUAUGGAAACGUCCUCCUCCAGCUGCUAUUCGACUUAAAUUCAAUCUCUGUCGAGAAGUUGUAUAAGGAGUACGGAGAGCCGGAGCUCAAAGCAAUAAGGCGUUUUGACGGUAAACCUCUACCACCGGGUGUCCCGUCGCAUGCUGUUAUAUCAAUAUGGUUUGGAGAAGCAAGUGAUGACCUCGCACUUCCAGAAGCAAAGAUAUUGUUAGCUGAUUUUGGCGAGGCUUUCUCUCCUACCCAGCAUCAAAAAUACCUAUCCCACACUCCACUUAUAAACCGCCCCCCGGAGGUUCGAUUCGAACCACAUAAGCCUCUUUCCUUCCCAUCUGACAUCUGGUCACUCGGAUGCUCCAUAUGGAAUAUUAUUGCCCAAAGCCCAAUUUUCGAGGGCUUCCUAGCAACCGAGGAUGCCGUGACUUGCGAGCAAGUCGAUGCACUUGGCAUAUUGCCACGAGAAUGGUGGUAUCAAUGGAAGGAACGGCAUAAUCGGUUCACCGAAGACGGGAAACCGAUAAAUCGAAAGCCUUACCGGUCGUGGGAAGACCGAUUCGAGGACAGCGUACAGCAGCCUCAGCAAGCAGAAGGGAUGCCGCCGAUUGAAUCGGCGGAGCGCGAUGCCAUUCUCUCGAUGCUGCGAUCGAUGCUUUCAUACAGGCCUGAGACUCGUCCUACUGCCAAGCAGGUUCUUGAAUUCGAAUGGAUGGUGAAAUGGGCUCUGCCUGAGUACGAUAAGAUUCGAAAGACCUGA